AUGCAGGAACAGCAACAUCAGCUUUUAGAAAAGAUCCGACGCAUUAAGCAGAGAAGUCAAGAGCUUGAGCAUGAACUAAAUCAAGAGCAACAGAGCCGGCAACAAGAGCAUGAAAGAUACCAAAAUCACCUUCAACACGAACAGCAGAACCGAAAGCAAGUUGAGAAUCAGCUGGAGGAAGAAAAAGAGGUUCACCGAAAUCUUGAAGUUCGCCUUCAGCGGGAACAGCAGCAAAGUGAGCAUUUGUUCCAGCAAGAGCAGGAAAGAUACCAAAAUCUUCAACUCAACCUUGAGCAGGAACAGCAAAGCCGGCAGCAAGUUCGGGGUCAGUUGCAACAAGAGCAGGAACGGUCUCGAGGUCUUCAGCAGAGUAUCCGAGAUCUACAGAGCCAGCUGGACAGAGCAACAAUGGAGAUUCAGAACAUGCAACCGGAGAUUUUACUGACCAACUCCUCGUUCACUAGAGCUGAGCACUCAAGCGUCCAUAUUGAAGGGCCAGACCCUAUUGGGGUGGGAGCAUGGGGGAAGGUAGAGAGAGGGAGAUUCAGAGGGAGUCUGGUGGCUGUCAAGUCCAUUCACCAUGCCAUGCUCAUACAGAGCACCAUUAACAGGCUAAGAAGAGAGGUCACUAUCAUGGCCCAGGUCCAGCACCCUAAUCUGGUUCGAUUCGUGGCAGCAGUUCUGGAUGGACCGGCAGAGAGACUGGAGGCUCCUGCAAUGAUCCUUACUGAGCUACUCGAUACAAAUCUUCGCAGGGCCUAUGAAGAAAGGAGGGUUGCCCCUGCUCAUCACUUAGGGAUUCUACGAGACGUGGCUUACGGCCUCCACCAUCUCCACAAUCUACAGACUCCCAUCAUCCAUCGCAACGUCAGUGCUCCAAAUGUACUUCUUCAGCAACUACCAAAUGCUGGCUGGCUGGCAAAGGUCUCUGACUUUGGCUCAGCCAACUUCGCAAAGCUGGCCAGAACAAUGGGAGAAGGAGCUUUCAUCUACACUGCUCCUGAAGCAAUGCCUGCCAUUGUGGCUUCGGACGCUUCCGAUACUGAGCCACAAAGACUGACAACGAAAGUAGACGUGUUCAGCUACGGGAAGGUGGCCUGUGAGCUGGUUGUGGGAGAAAUGCCAGUGCCAGAGAGGUUCCGAGCCAUGUUGAGGGAGGUGGAGAGAGGGUGGGUGUUCAUGCACGGAGUGAUAGUGCACUGCACCAAGACCAAUCCUCUGAAGCGGCCUUCAAUGGCUGACAUCCUCCAUGAGCUGCCCUGCCCUGCCCCUCAUAGGAAGAUUUCCGCGAGGUCCUCAAUGAGCGAGCGACCUCCUCCUCAGCAGCUUGACGCAGCAACCCCGGCCGCUGAGCCGGGGAUCGCGUCUCCGGAGCCCGAGACAGACGAAACGGGGGGAGAUAUCCCGGCCCCGCCCCCUCAGGAAACCGGUCCACAGCGGCUCACCCCUCCUUCUCGAGCCUCCCCUGUGCAGCAGGCACAGCAGGAGGAACCAAUGGACACUGACCCUCCUCACCCUCCUGCGACCAGCCAGCCUCCACCUCCUCCUAAAGAAAUGGAGACGGCCUCCACGGAGGAACCAAAAACAGUGGAACCUGUAUUGAAUGGUCUGCAGUUGAAGACACACUCUAAACCGCUGUUGAAGGCCUUCAGCUAUGCCCUGGCUCCCGGGACGGACACCAUCAACCCAGUCAAGAGGAAGGUUCUGGUGGUAGACGAUGAGGGAGUCCAGGGAGACCACGUGGCCGUACACAGACUAGAGCCGUCUCAGAAACUCACCGAGGUGGUUGCCGGGCAUCGCCAAAACAAGCUCACCAAGGCCGUCAUUGUAGUCAACACCACAGACGGUCUGAUACUUGAGCCUGCGUACCUGGAGGGGUACGAAGGGAGCAACUAUCCUGUGUUGAUUGAGGAUGUUCUGUGUGAUAUUGAGGCAGAGAGUGCAGUCGAUGCAGUGCCUCACCGUCAGCCUGCAUGUUAUCCACCAUUUGUGACUAAAGCUGAGGGGCCCAAAGAAACUAGUUCACAGGAGAGCAACAAGACUACAGGCUUCAGAAAGCCGUUCAAAAGGACCCCAAUUAAGCAUGAGCUGAAGAAGCUGAUGUUCACUGGACCUGGAGAUACUCCAGUUCCAUUGAGUGGAGAUAGUGGAAAUUUCUGUAUGGUCAUGUCCGUCUUCCACAAUUACGAAAGCUCGCAUGUUGAACCUAUAUUCUAUGAUGACUUUCCUUUCUACCUCAUACUAGCAUACAGGAUCCAUAUGCGGAUGAGCAUGUACCAGUGUGAUGAAAAGCAGCAUUUCAUAAUGUCUUGCAUCAACAUGAUGGAGAAUGGUUCACAUCGUGACGUUUCCAAAACUCUACUUAAAUUUCUAAGAAAACCAGAUUUCGCCAUAAUGUUUGAUGACAGCAAGGCCAAUAUGGGUGUCUUUGUACUUCUUGAGCUGGCCUGCAUUGAUUUGUGCGAGGUUUCCUUUACAAACCGUCAGAACCAUCACACUCAGAAGAAGCCACCUUUACUCUAUGAUAGAUUUAUUUACAACACAAUGGUUUGGGUAUCGUUGUCUCUGAAAGUGAGGUCCCAAAGAGGAGCUGUGACCAGGAACGCUCCCAAGCAAUGGGAGGACCAUCUCACCAGUAGAAGUCACCAUAUUACGUUAAACCAAGCACAGAUCGACGGCCUAAAGAUUGGGCUGAAGUUCGGGAAAGCAAUCGAGCUUCCAUCAGACCUUAGAUUCAAUGCUGAUCUGAUGUGCGAUAUGGUUGUUCCACGUGACCGAUUCACCAUCACAGUGCGAUAUUUCACACACCUCACGUAUUUCUUCAAAGAGAUGCACAGCAACCUGAGUUCUGCUGGCACGGUGGUCAUUCUGACCUACCUGAGAGGAGUGUGUGAUCAGUGCCUUGGACCAGGGAAUACUGUUAACUACAGUCGUUUCAGCCCAACUGGUACUCUGGCUGGCACUCUGACGGAGGGCCUAGAGUUCCUGAACCAAGUAUCGGGGAGCUGGGCUCAUCGUAAGGUCGACCUGAAUGCUCAGAUAAAGGCCGAGCUCUCGAAGUGGCUGCAGCUUCUCUUGCAGCUGAUCGACGUGACUGGAGAUCAGGCCCACACUCACCUGAGACAGUUUGUCAAGGGAAAAGGAGUUGUGAAGGACUUUCAGAAGGAAAUCAAGCACACCGUGGUUUCUACCACUAAACAAAACUUUUCUCGAUUGCCCAUCCAACAAUUUUUCCUGCUGUAUACUGCUUUCAUGAUAUGGCCUUCCACCUUCCUGGAGGACUAUCUCAAACAGUACAAGGUGCCCGAAGGUGUCAAAAUUUAUGACGGAAUGUGGGCCGAGUUCUUUGGGGGAAUUUCAGAGAGAUUCUCAGGAGCCCACUCUCACUACUUCAUCAAUGACUUUCUUCAGUCGGUGGCAAAGAGGUACGAGGAGAGUAAAAGAUCCAGGGAUUUCGUCCUUGAUCUGCUGAAACUGCACGUGCCGACACUUCUUGUCAUUGAGUAUGGAGAAGGAGAGGAUACAGUGAAGGAAGGAGAGAAGGUUCAAAAGGACUUCAAACAGUUUCUCCACAAUUUCGUGCUGAGAAAUGCGCUGAAACAAUCGCUUCUCAAAGAAAUGAGUGUCAUAAUGGACUCCAUCACAGCAGAGAAAGACGAGUUCCAAGGCUUGGUCCUGGAUGUGCUCAAGAAGGAGGUGGUCCCAGAGUUCAAAGUCCUCCGGGGGAAGGAGUCCCUACCCCAUGCUACCAUAAAGACCAUUGUUACAGAGCUCUGUCGGAACCUAGAAUGGCAAACAGUUGUUUCUCCUAAACAGAGUUUCUGCUGGGGUAUCGUGGCCAGCUGUUGCUGCAAGGUUCCUGUGAGGAGCGAGAGUCUGGAGUGGGUCCAGGACUAUGACUACCUCAUCAAACAACUCUGCCACAUCUACAAGGCUUACUGCACUGGUCAGGGGAUGCGGGGUGAGGAGGACAGGAGACUCAAGGAAGAACUCCCGAAAGAAGUCCAACAUGAUGACGAUAUCAAAACGUACUUUGAGUGGGUUCUGCAGGUGCAGACAGUGGUGUUCGCCUGGCAUUACAGAGUCAGUGGAAGAGAGUUGAACUAUGAUGAAAUCUUGUUAUAUGCCAGUGUGCAGAAGGAAAUACAGUCACUUAGUGAUGCCAUUAGUGCCUCCUCCAGCAUCCUUGAGCCUUAUAUCCUUCAGCAACAGAAGAACGCUUUCCUUGAGUAUUUUGAGCACCUCCACAUAAUGCUGUUAAGAUAUAUACCUGGCAAACAAGAGGUCGGGUGGUGCACUCUCUCCUCGCUUCUCGCGGAGAAUGGCGUGUCCUUUCCACCUGAGGUGGCUGAAGCCAUCAACAAGUACGUGGUGAUUCCCGGAGAGCCAAAAGAAGUGGAGGGAGGAUUGCUCGAGUAUGAAAUGCGAUCGGAUACAAUGGGACGGUUUAUACCGGGCCAACCCGUGUCUCUCAAGCUGUCCAAAAGACUGGGACUAAAGCAGUUAACGAAGCUUGUUUUUGACCUUCAGGGCUUUCUGGAGCCAAUCCUCAAUCAAAUGGAAAUGCUAGUCUUCUUCAAGCUACACAAUAGUGUCAUGUUCGAGGAAUACCAGAAGCUUUUCCUGGACAAGGAGGUGAAGGAGCUAGAGAGAAAGCUUCGUCCUCCCAUGCCUUCCAUCACAUCCACAUUUGGCAACUUUCCAUCCGUGAGCCUCCGGCAUCCAGAGGAAGAAGAAGAACCAAAGGUAAAGAUGAGUCUCCCCAUUCUGGUGAAGUCUCUGGACCGGACCAAUGAGCUCCUCAUCAAGCUAAUCGAGGGGAACGCAACCUACAACGAGAUAAUAGCCGAAGGUAGGCUAGACCUUGAGAACCUUGACAUCGAUCGAGAGUUUGAGAUUCUUGCCGACUUCAUACUCUACCUGAAGCACACGCUCAAGACGGAAGUUGGACUAGAAGGGGUACGGUGUAUGCUGGAGCUUUUCCAGUACCAGAGACACAUCAUAAAGGUACGUGACGUCUGUGAGCAGUACAAGCUGAAGGGCUGCCUGGGAGACAAGAAUCUGCGGGAUUUAGUUGAGCUCGCUGAGGAUUUGGGCCCAGAGAAAAGCAGGCGAGAGCUUACGCUCAACGAAGCCACCAGGAGAAUGAAUCAAGUGAAACAACUUCUCUUUGACGGUGAAAGGGCUGGGAGCCACUGCCUAAAGCUUUUCGAUGCAGUCGCCGACAGUGCGGCGUUUUACCAGUUCAUCAAGGACAAGCGAUUCAGUGGAGCCCAGGGCCAGGCAGUGUUCACUCAGAAAUACCAGCUUAUCACAGCGCAGCUCCAGCAUGAAGAAUACAACGAGCAAGUUCUGAACCACCUGUUCACCGCCUACAAGUUCAUGCUUCCGUUCAUGAACACCGCGCAGGACUUUAGUACCCUGAUGGAGGCCGUGGUUGGACUGGACACGUCAAAAGGUCUGAAGCAGUUGGAAACUGUCAACACUAACAUUACACUUAUUCGACUGUGGUUCUCCAGAGCUGAGAUACUGGAAGAGAACAGGGGAGUGAAGGGUUCUGGAGUGGAUGCUAAGCCAGAGAACUUGCUGAAAUUCGCUGCUGAGGUGCAGGGAAAAGGAACUGCCUCAGGUGGUAUGCUGGACUCUAAUAGAAGGGAGGAGCAAAGCAUGCAAGAAGCCUUUAUUCAACUACAAAUUAGGGACCGUCUGAUUAAUGAACUUCAACAUGAAAAACACCGCCUCCAAAUAGCAAUGCAGGAACAGCAACAUCAGCUUUUAGAAAGGAUCAGACACAUUCAGCAGAGAAGUCAAGAGCUUGAGCAUGAACUACAUCAAGAGCAACAGAGCCGGCAACAAGAGCAUGAAAGAUACCAAAAUCACCUUCAACACGAACAGCAGAACCGAAAGCAAGUUGAGAAUCAGCUGGAGGAAGAACAGGAAAGUCACCUAAAUAUUCAAGCUCGCCUUGAGCAGGAACAGCAACAAAGCGAGCAUUUGCUCCAGCAAGAGCAGGACAAAAACAAAAAUCUUCAACUCAACCUUGAGCAGGAACAGCAAAGCCGGCAGCAAGUUCAGGGUCUGUUGCAACAAGAGCAGGAAUGGUCUCAAGGCCUUCAGCAGAGUAUCCGAGAUCUGCAGAGCCAGCUAGACAGAGCAACAAUUCAGAACAUGCAACCGGAGAUUUUACUGACCAACUCCUCGUUCACUAGAGCUGAGCGCUCAAGCGUCCAUAUUGAAGGGCCAGACCCUAUUGGGGAAGGAGCAUGGGGGAAGGUAGAGAGAGGGAGAUUCAGAGGGAGUCUGGUGGCUGUCAAGUCCAUUCACCACACCAUUCUUAUGCACAGCACCAUUGACAGGCUAAGAAGAGAGGUCACUAUCAUGGCCCAGGUCCAACACCCUAAUCUGGUUCGAUUCAUGGCAGCAGUUCUGGAUGGACCGGCGGAGAGACUGGAGGCUCCUGCAAUGAUCCUUACCGAGCUACUCGAUACAAAUCUUCGCAGGGCCUAUGAAGAAAGGAGGACUCCCAUCAUCCAUCGCGACGUCAGUGCUCCAAAUGUACUUCUUCAGCAACUACCAAAUGGUGGCUGGCUGGCAAAGGUCUCUGACUUCGGCUCAGCCAACUUCGCAAAGCUGGCCAGAACAAUGGGAGAAGGAGCUUUCAUCUACACUGCUCCUGAAGCAAUGCCUGCCGUUGUGGCUUCGGACGCUUCCGAUACUGAGCCACAAAGACUGACAACGAAAGUAGACGUGUUCAGCUACGGGAAGGUGGCCUGUGAGCUGUUUGUGGGAGAAAUGCCAGUACCAGAGAGGUUCCGAGCCAUGUUGCGGGAGGUGGAGAGAAGGUGGGUUUUCAUGCACGGAGUGAUAGUGCGCUGCACCAAGGCCAAUCCUCUGGAGCGGCCUUCAAUGGCUGACAUACUCCAUGAGCUGCCCUGCCCUGCCCCUCAUAGCCGCGAUCAUUUAGCCAGAGGAAGAUUUCCGAGGUCCUCAAUGAGCGAGCGACCUCCUCCUCAGCAGCCUGACGCAGCAACCCCGGCCACUGAGCCGGGGAUCGCGUCUCCGGUGCCAAAGACAGACGAAGAUGUCCCGGCCCCGCCCCCUCAGGAAACCCGUCCACAGCGGCUCACCCCUCCUUCUCGAGCCUCCCCUGUGCAGCAGGCACAGCAGGAGGAACCAAUGGACACUGACCCUCCUCACCCUCCUGCGACCAGCCAGCCUCCACCUCCUCCUAAAGAAAUGGAGACGGCUUUCACAGAGGAGCCUAAGACAGUGGAACCUGUGCUGAAUGGUCUGCAGUUGAAGACACACUCUAAACCGCUGUUGAAGGCGUUCAGCUAUGCCCUGGCUCCCGGGACGGACACCAUCAACCCAGUCAAGAGGAAGGUUCUGGUGGUAGACGACGAGGGAGUCCAGGGAGACCACGUGGCCGUACACAGACUGGAGCCGUCUCAGAAACUCACCGAGGUGGUUGCCGGGCAUCGCCAAAACAAGCUCACCAAGGCCGUCAUCGUAGUCAACACCACAGACGGUCUGAUACUGGGGCCUGCGUACCUGGAGGGGUACGAGGGGAGCAACUAUCCCGUGUUGAUUGUGAGUCAAUCAGACGGUCGGGAAAUGUUGUCGUUCGUGGAGCAAGAGGAGGAAGAUGUUCUGUGUGAUAUUGAGGCAGAGAGUGCAGUCGAUGCGGUGCCUCAUCGUCAGGGCCACUCGGCAGUUAUCACUCAGCAGCCCAGGGCUGGGGCAGCCAAGGGAACUGCCCCACCCCCACAUGAGAGUAGAGCCACAGGGAUCAAGGCUCUGUUCAAAGGUAGUGGCAUCAAGCAUGAGCUGAAGAAGCUUAUGUUCACUGGAUCUGGAGAUACUCCAGUUUCAUUGAGUGGAGAUAGUGGAAAGUUCUGUAUGGUCAUGUCCGUCUUCCACAAUUACGAACGCACAGGAAAGCCAGAUAUAGGUCAAGUCAAGGAUGCUCUGGGGAAGAUCAACAAGCACCUGGAACCUCCUAUAUUUUAUGAUGACUUUCCUUUCUACAUCAUUCUAGCAUACAGAAUGCAUAUGCGGAUGAGCAUGUACCAAUGUGAUGAAAGCCAGCAUUUAAUAAUGGUCUGUAUCAACAUAAUGGAGAAUGGUUCACAUCGUGACAUUUCUACUACCCUCCUUAAAUUUCUAAGUGCAUCAGAUUUCACAAUAAUGUUCGAUGACAAAAAAGGUGAUAUGGCUGUCUUCUUACUUCUUGAACUGGCCUGCAUUGAACUGUGCAAGAUUUCCUUUGCAAGACGCCAGAGCAUUCACACUCAGAAGAAACAACCCCCAAACAUACUUCACGAGAGAUUCAUUUAUAACACAAUGGUUUGGGUGUCGUUGUCUCUGAAAGUGAGGUCCCGCAGAGGAGUUGUGACCAGGAGCACUCCCAAGCAAUGGAAGGACUAUCUCACCAGUAGAAGUCACCUUAUUACGUUAAACCAAGCACAGAUCGAUGGCCUAAAGAUUGGGGUGAAGUUCGGGAAAGCAAUCGAGCUUCCAUCGGACCUUAGACUCAAUGCUGAUCUGAUGUGUGAUAUGCUUGUUCCACGAGACCCAUCCACCGUCACUGUGCGAUACUUCACACACCUCACGUAUUUCUUCAAAGAGAUGCACAGCAACCUGAGCUCUACUGACACAGUGGUCAUUCUGACCUACCUGAGAGGAGUGUAUGACCAGUGCCUUGUACCACGGAAUACUGUUAACUACAGUCGUUUCAGCCCAACUGGUACUCUGGCUGGCACUCUGACGGAGGGCUUAGAGUUCCUGAACCAAGUAUCAGGGAGCUGGGCUCUUCGUAAGGUCACCGACGAUGACCUGAAUACUCAGAUAAAGGCCGAGCUCUCGAAGUGGCUGCAGCUUCUCUUGCAGCUGAUCGACGUGACUGGAGAUCAGGCCCACACUCACCUGAGACAGUUUGUCAAGGGAAAAGGAGUUGUGAAGGACUUUCAGAAGGAAGUCAAGCACACCGUGGUUUCUACAACCAAAGAAAACUUUUCUCGAUUGCCCAUCCAACAAUUUUUCCCGCUGUAUACUGCCUUCAUGAUAUGGCCUUCCACCUUCCUGGAGGACUAUCUUAGACAGUAUGAGGUGCCCGAAGGUGUCAAAAUUUCUGACGGAACGUGGGUUGAGUUUUUUCGGGGAAUUUCAGAGAGAUUCUCAGGAGCCCACUCUCACUACUUCAUCCAUGACUUUCUUCAGUCGGUGGCAAAGAGGUACGAGGAGAGUAAAAGAUCCAGGGAUUUCGUCCUUGAUCUGCUGAAACUGCACGUGCCGACACUUCUUGUCAUUGAGUAUGGAGAAGGAGAGGAUACAGUGAAGGAAGGAGAGAAGGUUCAGAAGGACUUCAAACAGUUUCUCCACAAUUUCGUGCGGAGAAAUGCCCUGAAACAAUCGCUUCUCAAAGAAAUGAGUGUCAUAAUGGACUCCAUCACAGCAGAGAGAGACGAGUUCCAAGGCCUGGUCCUGGAUGUGCUCAAGAAGGAGGUGAUC